AUGGUGUCGACGUGUUACACGACGCAGAGGACACACAUCUUUCAAGAGCCGCUGUACAGUUUUCCAGCCCCGGUGACCGCACAUCGGGGCCUUGAGGAGAUGUCCAGCUGUAGGACGAGUAUUGUGUCCAUUCUGAAUAACGAUGAUAACCCAUCUUUUGCGGUCCGCUCCGCUGCCCGAUUUACUCGGACUCACACAUCCCCAUCACAUUAUCCACAUUCAGAGCGACUACUACCCCCGCCCGCCAGCGACCCGCAGUACACCCGUCCCCCAGCUUCAUCCGAAUCGCCAGCAACAUCACCACGAGGGACGAGGCAUCAUUCAGACGCGUUGACCGAACCCGUCCAGCCCGUUUCACCUGGGUCAUCCGACGGCUCCGCUCACGACUACUUCACCAGUCAACGAUCAGCUUAUCACCCGUAUGCCCGGCAGGAUCCGCGACGGGAACCAUACCAAUUCCCAGCCUGUGGGCCAGCAGCUCCCCGAACGUCGCCUGAGACUCGUUCGAGCACAUCCGAAACGGCGUCUUCUCAGACCGGGGGACGCGCGGCACGGGUCGAAAGAACAAGUACCCGUGUCCCUAUGCCGCGAGUCAUGGGUGUUCUUCAACGUUUACGACUUCGGGCCAUGCGGCGCGUCACGGCAAAAAGCACACUGGCGAAAAGACACAUUCGGACUCACCGCACGCACUCGGACGAGAUGCGCUCUACUUUAGAACCAGAGACUGAUGCUCGGUGGGCGAUGGCUCGUCCCGGCUCGGCAUACGCCUCGGCUUCCCACCAGCGCAACAUCAGUCAGCCCAUGGAGGAAGUUGUUCAGUCUCUCCCAGGGACUGCUCCGCCAGCACCCUAA